AUGUUCCUGAGCGACGCGGUGCCCCGGAAGCAGCACACCAGGGGCCGGGUGCACGGCCUAGAGUGGGUCAAGGGUAAGCUGCUGACGGUGGGCGAGGAUGGGGAGGGCCUGAGGAACGUGCACCUCAAGGGCUGGGCCGUGGAAGGCCUGCGGCCGGGCGCCAGCCCCGCCGUCGCCGCGCAGCCCUGCCGCCUGCUGCCCAGCGCUCCCAAGGCAUCCGCCGCCGCGGGCGAGGGCAGCCUGUCGGCGGCCGCGCUGCACUGCGCCGAGUGGCCUGCGGUGAGCGUGGCGCUGGGCCUGUCCACCGGGGCUGUGCACACGCUGAAAGCUGACGUGGCAAAGGGCCGGGUGGCGGCCCCGGUGCCCGCUGCCGCGCUGCGUGACGGCGGCGGCCCCGGCGGCAUCACCGCCCUCCACUUUGUGGCUGGCAGCGGCGGCAACAGCGGCAGCAGCGGCACCUCCGCGGGGGCCGCAGACCUCCACCUGUUUGCGGUGGGCGGCGCGCGGCUGGCGGCAUUUGAUGUCCGCACGGGGCACCGGGUGGUGGAGGAGGAGUGCGGCGCGCCGCGCGGCUGCACCGCAGAGGGCCGCAAGGCGGCCUUUGCUGUGCGGGGCGAGAAGCUGGCGGUGGCCGCCGCCCGCCACUACCUGGUGGUGGUGCUGGCGGACGACACGGCGGGCGGCGGGAGCGGCUCGGCGGCGGGCGCGCAGGCGGCGGUCGCUCAGGUGUAUGACCUGCACAACAAGGUGGUGGCCGCCUCCGCCCCCGUGGCACCCCCGGUGCAGUGGGUCGCCACCCACGCCGCCCCCGGCUGCAUCGACAUUGCCGAUGCCAGCGGCGGCGUGACGCGGCUGGCUGAGAAGCCCUUUGGCGAAAAGCUGGAGGCGAUGUACAAGAGCCGGGCGUACCAGCUGGCGGCGGCGGUGGCGGAGACGGAGCAGGUGGAUGCGGGCACCCUGGCGGGCAUCCGCCGCCAGUACGCCGAUUUCCUGUACGCCAAGCGGGACUACGACCAGGCCAUGGAGCAGUACACGCUCACCAUCGGCCACCUGGAGCCCUCCUACGUCAUCCAGCGCUUCCUGGACGUGCAGCGCAUCCACGGCCUGACAGACUACCUGGAGCGGCUGCACGCGCAGGGCGCCGCCUCCUCCGACCACACCACCCUGCUGCUCAACUGCUUCACCAAGCUCAAGGAUGUGGCCAAGCUGGAUGCGUUCAUACAGGGGGACGGCUCCAUGACGCCAGACUCGCUGCACUUUGAUGUGGACACAGCGAUCAAGGUGUGCCGCUCCGCUGGCUACUACGAACACGCCCUGUAUGUGGCGCUGGCGGCGGGCGAGCCGCACACCUACCUGGACAUCCUGCUGGAGGACUGCGCCAGGUUUGGCGAGGGCCUGGAAUUCAUCAAGGGGCUCAGCAGGAGGGAGGCGGCGGCGGCGCUGCAGAAGUACGGCAAGGCCCUGCUGGUGCAUGUGCCUGUGGAGGCGACCGCGCUGCUGAUGGAGCUGUGCCUGCGGGACCCGGCAGACCCGGCCGCCUAUGCCGCCAACAUGGCCGACUUUACGCACCUGUAUGCAGACAGGCCCGAGGACCUGCAGUACGCCUGCGUCACAAUCCUCAACAUGAACCCCGACUCCCCCUCCCGCCAGACCCUGUACCACACACUGCUAGACCUCUACCUCUCCCCCGCCACACCCAGCUCCGUUGCCGCCGCCGCUGCAGCCGACGCCCCAGGCAGCAGCAGCUCAGCCGCCGCAGCAGAUAAUGCGGCGGCCGGCGCCGGCGGUGACGCCCAGCCGCCCGCCGGCGCCGGCGCCGGCGCUGCGCAGCAGGCAGCGACGGGAAGAGCGGCCGCGGCGGCCGAGGCGGCGGCGGCGGCGGGGAGAAGCGGGGGCAGCACCAGCAGGCAGCAUGAAGCGCUCGACUUGCUCAAGCGCGGGUGGCCGCCAGGCGAGGAGGCGGCCUACGACGUCAACUAUGCGCUGGUUGCCUGCCGCAUGCGUGCCUUCCGCCCCGGCCUGCUGUUCCUUUACGAGGUGUGGGGCGUGGGGAACCUGCGGUUGUACCGCGAGGCUGCCGCGGUACUGAUGGAUGCCGGGGACCACGCUGGCAUCAUCGCCGCCUGCGAGCGCUUUGGCGACGCGCGCACGGGCGGCGACCCGCAGCUGUGGCACGACGCCCUAGACUACUUUGCCAGCCAGCCCACCGACUGCAGCGCGCAGGUCCAGGAGCUGCUGGCUCGCAUCGAGGCGGGCGGCAUCCUGCCGCCGCUGGUGGUGCUGCAGGUGCUGAGCCGCAACCCGGCCUUCAAUCUGUCCCUGGUCAAGGACUACGUCACGCGCCAGCUGCAGGCAGACAACAGGCGCGUGCGCUGGCAGGCGGCGGGGGACAGGCAGCAGGCGCAGGCGCAGGAAGAGGCACGCCCCCAGCGUGCCUGCGGAGCCCACCUGCCCCCCCCCCCAAACCCACCCAACCCACACCUGCUGGCCUGCAGGAGCAUCCGGUCCGACCAGGAGGAGGCGGAGCGGCUGAAGUCGGAGAUAGAGCGGACGCGACUGGCUGUGGAGCGGCUGCAGGGCGAGCCCAUGGUGUUCCAGAGCAGCCGCGACUCCCAGACAAACGCGCCGCUGGAGCUGCCCUCGGUGCACUUCCUGUGCGGCCACAGCUACAACCUGCGCACCCUGGGCGACGGCGACCCGGUGUGCCCGCUGUGCGCGGGGGAGCACCGCAAGGCGCAGGAGCUGCGGCGCAGCAACCGGGCCAGCGCCGCCGACAAGGACUCCUUCUUCAAGCAGCUGCGCACCGCGCCAGACGGCUUUGGCCUGGUGGCAGAGUACUUUGGGAAGGGGCUGCUCAACAACACAAGUGUGUCCACCAACUGA